AUGAUUUUUUUACAAGGGAAAGAACAUUCUUACAUAUUAAAGGGUAAUGACGUAAAGAAAUACGAUCAUAAAGUUAUACUUUGGAAUAGUAAGGUUUAUAGUAGAGGUUAUACUAUAACACAUUAUUUAACAGACAAUGAUAAUUCCAAACAGCAAAGUCAUAAAACUAUCACGAAAUACUUUUCUUCAAAGCAAGAAGUACGACUAGUAGACCUCAACAUUUCAAAAUUUACAAUUCUCAAAGGUGCUGUUCCAUAUCUUACAACACUUCGAAAACUUUAUCUUCAAAAUAAUCAAUUAAAAACAAUUCCUGAAUCACUUUUUCAUUUGACCAAACUUGAAGAUCUACAUUUACAGUGUAAUGAAUUGACAUCACUUUCACCAAAUAUUGGAUUAUUAGUUUCAUUAUGCGUAUUAAUUAUAUUUAGUAACAAAAUUGAAGAAAUUCCAUCACAAAUACGUGAAUUUAUUGGAAAUAUAUUACUGGAUCGAGGUCAACAUUUCUUUUGUUGUCAAAAAAAUGAUUCAAAAAGAAAAAGAAGAAAAUGUAUUUUCAAAUUUCUUACCAAUGAUAUUUUGAAUCGAAUCCAACUUUCUCACGAAAUUAAACCAAAAACUUGCACCUAUUGUAAUGUUCCAUUAUUUCAUUCUGCUAUUACUUUUCAUGAUGUAGAUGAAAUUUGUGGAACUCGAGUACCCAUAAUUUAUCAACUUUGUUCUUAUACUUGUAAAAAUUUAGUUAUGAAAAACAAGGAAAAAAAAAUUACUUUGAAAUCGUGA